AUGGCUGAAGAUACGUCGCUUUUUGAAUUUCAAGAUUCUGAUAUUAUUAUUUCGAAGAAGCAUAAGAAAAGAAAUGUUGUAUUCAUUGAAAAUCCUGAACUAGAUAGUCCAUUGGAUUUAUCUGUUUCGAACUUUCAAAGCUUUAUCGAAAAUAAAAACGGGUCGAUAGACAGAAAUUUACUUACGAGUUUGGCCCUGAAAAUGGCCGAAUCUUCAUUAACAGAUCCUCGAGAUUUAAAUCAAAUUUAUUAUGAUCUUAAAAAUCAAGUGAAAUUAGCGUAUAACUACAGAAAAAAUACAACAAAGGCAUUUCAAGAAUACAAUCGUAAAAUUUCCGAAUUACAAAAUUCGAUAAAUCAAUUAGAAGAAGAAAAAAAGCGAAAAUUUGAGAAGCAAUCCAAUAUGAUUCAAGAAUUGGAGAUGCAAAGUUCACCAAGGAAAUCGGAUAUUAUUGGAAAUGUAGAAGAUUAUAAAAUAGCUGUAGACGUAUUAUCGCAGGAAAUAUCUCGUGUUGGUAGCGAAGUUUUAUACCUAGAAAGCCUCUUAGAUGAAUAA